UUGUGGAUUGUAGUCUCCAGAGACGGCUUUCAACUCUGGCUGUUGGCAGAGCUUGGGGACCAAGGUUAAACGAAGAUCGGCCUCGCUAAUUUCUCAUUGCUUUAACGUUGGUUGUUCAGAAGUCAAAGUAUUUGAAUUGUGAUUCUUGAAACAGGAGUAAAGAUACUUAAGUCAUGGAUAUGAACGAAAAUGUGCUUAGAAGAAGGGUUUCUUCUCAACUUCACCCUAGACAAGAGGAUUUAGAUGUCUUGCAUUACAUAAUCCAAAACAGGAAUUCAUUUAUGCAAAAAGAUGACGAAAGUGAUCACGUUCAGCCAAAUCCUCCACGGAAUUCUUUUAGAAACGUUUCAGAUAUGUAUGAAAGACUGAAUAGGAAAAAAUAUGAGAAGAUGGAAACCAGGCCAAGACUAAGGUCACAUAAACUUGAAAAUAAAAAAGAUAAAAAUAGGAUAACCUUUGAUGACAAUCAAUCUACUUCAGCUACAGAAACAGAUAGAACACAAGAAUACAUGGCUUUAAUUUCUCCUAGCAUUUUGUCAUAUGAAGAACAACUUUCAGAUUUCGAGAAGAAUGAAAAAAGAAAAGAAGACAGGAAGAAAGUACUUAAUUAUCUGAAGAAAGAUUUUGCAAACCACAUUCGAUAUGAUCCAACAAUACCAAAGGAUGAUAAUGCUGUAAGAAAUAUUUUAAGACUAAGAGAGAAGCUGAAGUGGAAAACUGAAUUUACGGCACGUGGGUUUGAAGUUAAAAAAGCUAAAGAUGUUCGUCUGAAGACUCCAUUUAUGGAAUCAUUAGAAAUAAAAGAUGAUGGAGAAUAUGUCUAUGGCCUUCUCAGAAAUAGAAAUGAAUACAGAGCUCUUUAUAAUCCAUAUGAAAUUCAAGUGGUUUCUGCAAAUGACGCAAGAACCUGCCAAGAAUUUUGGAUUAUUACAGCUUCAUUUGUCUCAAAGAUUACUCGAGUUGGUAAGAACGAAGAAAUAGAAAUGACACCUGUCAUGGAAUGGCUUGUGGAAAGAACUCACUUCAUUGCAUUUCGUAAAAUUGCUUUCUUUGUGUUGUUCCGAGAAAGAAAAUCAUUUCUCAUCUGGAAAAACAAUAUUAAAAGAAGCAAAAAAGACAAGAGCACAUUGAUGUUGUACAAGCAACUUUUUUGGGCUGAUAAAUUAUUUCAAAGAUGUUUGCUUCAAAUACGGAACAUUUGUGAAAAUGCAAGUAACCUCACAAAAGGCAGGAUCUUUGAAGAAAAUCCUGCUGCUAUUCUUCUGGUUAAGUUGGACCGAUUUCAUACAUACUCUCUGGAUGAGUUUUGCGAGGACCAGUUACGGCAGACUGUUGAAGCACUAAAACAGCUAGAGGAACUUAAGGGAAAAAUAAUUGAACUGAUUAAAAGUACAUUUUUACAGGCUGCAGAAAAGAAUGGAAUAAAAAGUUAUUUUGAGAGUGAACCACUUGAAUACAAGAUAGAACAUAUAAAGGCACCUGCACACCGCCGUAUGAUAGAAACAUUUUCAAGAUUUCUUAAAUUAGUUGACCACAUAUUCCAAGAACUGAUCCGACAGCUGGUGCAGACUUCAGUCAAACUAUUUUUGGAUUUACUUAGUAAAUCUAGCAGAGUGGGAUGUUCAGCAGAAAAACGAAACAAUGACCUUAUAAAGGCAACAAGAGAAAGCGUGUUGUUCAAAGUGCCAGAAAAUAUGAAUGAUAAUGAAGAAAAUUGUAAGUCAGAAACUGAUAUCAGUAUUUCGCAAGAUGAUAUUAUAAAGGUAUUAGAUGGUUCCUUCUUAUCCGUGGUUGUGUCUCAGCAGCACAACUGGGCCUACCCUCAGAUUCAGAGUUUCCAGCAGUCUUCCCCUACUCAGAUGCCAGAUUUUCUACACUGUCCAGGAGGAGAAUAUUUCUGUGGCUGGGACCAAAUCUAUCUCCCAAUCUCACUAAUCCUAGAGCUUGCUGUUUGCUAUUUCAGUAGAGUUAACUUGGAGUUUAAGAAUUUCAACUUGAGAAAAGAGUCAAAGAAGCAAAGUGAGGCAAUAUUUGAAGUACAAGUACAUUUGAAAACUCCUCAAAAAUCUUUUCAUGAGAAGGAUGAUUCACUUGAGAAAAAAGAAUCUUUGGAUGAAAUUAAAUUAGAUGAUCCAUCCAACACAUCCACCAAAAAGGAAGAUGAAUUGUUUUCCUCAAGUCUAAGACUAAAACCUAUAUUACAAAACAAAGAUGAAGGAAAAUUUGCUGGUAAGAAAAAUGGGCACCUUAUUUUGCCUUCUCCUUUACUUAGUUUUUACUCUUUCUUUUUACUUAUAAAAAUAGAAGAAACAUCUCCAACAGACAAAGAAGAUAGUCACCCAAUCAGGCUCACAGAAGUUCCAGAAUUCCAUGUAAAUCUCUUUCUAACUCCCAACAGAUUGGAAUUUUCUAAGAAAAUUCAGAAAGUGAUAAAUAAUUUUGAAAAAACUCUAACUCGUUUCAUUCCUUUCAGUCAAGAUCAGCGUCUGUUUAUCUUUUUCUUUAAUCCUAUGACUAUGGAAGUACCUAGUGAACAAGAAUUGGAGAGACAGAAAAGGCUGAUAAGAUGGCCAAAUUACUCUGUCCUAUUUGAAAUGGAUCCUCUUUAUCAAAAAAAUAUUGUAAACCUUCUGACCAUUGUUGGUAAUUCAAUGGCACGAGUUGAACGUUAUAGCCACCGAUUUCUUCAGUUUUGUACCAUGGUAGAACAAGCAAAGAAAAUGGCAUAUAAAAUAUCAAAAAUACAAGAACAUUUAACCUCAAAUGACUUUAGAGAUAUCUUGGAUGUAUACACAGACUAUUUUAGAGACGUUGUUUAUAUGCCUAUUGAAAAACGUAUUAAUAUUAUCAAAGUUGUGAGUCUUGAAUAUCAAUCAAGCUGCUUACCAUUUGUUCAAGACGUCAUUAAAAUGAGCCAUGCAUUGUUGGAGACCAUUAUUCAAAAAAAGAAUACAAGCCUCUUUGAAAUUAUCCAGUCAUCAUUAUUAAAGCUUAGCAGUGAGCUCACAGGUGUGGAAGAAUUUGUGGAACACUUGACAUUCUUAGAUUAUAUUUCAUCAAAAAUGCCUUCACUAGAUAGAGAAUAUUAUAUUAUCUCCCAAAUGUAUUCAGUCACAAAACGCUACAAUGUCACUAUUUCACCAGAACAAGUUGCACUGCUUCAUGUUCUUCUUUUCAAAUAUAAGCAACUUAAAAUAACUUUUAAAUUUCAUGAAUCAAAUAAGGAUAAUGCUAUUAUUAGAUUCAAGACAAAUUUGGAUGGGUAUAUGUUCAAUUUGAAGAAUGAAAUUAGAGACCUGAAGAUCAAGGUAAAAAAUCCUGUUCUUGUACAUCCUGCUACUCGGCCAGCAACUGCCUUGGACAUUAUUGAGAACCUCUCAGAAGAAGCUUCAGUUCUAUCCAAUAAAGCUCAGACUUACUCAAAUUAUCAAGAUUAUUUUGAGAGUUCUACUUCAAUGAGAAUGGUAGCUUUAGAGAGGAAUAUUGCAACCACUGUGAUGUCAGAAAUCUCAGAAAUUGAAUGUGAUUUAACUUUGAGGAAAAUUUUAUGGGAAGCACAAGUGGAAUGGGCAAAUCUAUCUCCUGUGUGGAAGCAAAGCAUUUUUGGUACUAUUAAUGUAGAUUUAAUCCAGAAGAGCGUUACAAGAUGGAUGCAUAUGAUUUAUAUGUUGGAUAAAGGCAUACCAAGAAAUUCUAUGAUAAAAUCUCUUAAGCAAUCAGUAUUGAAUUUUAAACAAAGCUUGCCUACUAUCGUGGCUUUGGUAAAUCCUUGUCUUAAACAUCGGCAUUGGGAUGCAAUACAGGCAAUUAUUGGGCAGGAAUUUAUUUUGGAUAAACACAGCACAGUUCAACAACUAAUAGACCUUGAGUUGUAUCGUCAUGAAGAAAGAAUCAUUGAAAUAUCAACAGUGGCAACAAAUGAAGCUGCUCUGGAAAAAAUGCUGUUGAAGAUUAUUGAGCUUUGGAACCAUACUCCUAUACGUUUGACUGUCCAUCAAACAGAAGCUUCUGAGAUACUUAUUAUUUCAUCUCUGGAUGAUGUAUUAGCUCAAUUAGAGGAAUCUCAAGUUAUAAUUGCAACAAUUAAAGCAUCUCCCUAUCUUGGAGCAAUGAAGGCUCUUGCAGAUGAUUGGCAUCAGAAGUUGGAUCUCUUCUCUCACACUUUAGAUGACUGGAUGACAUGUCAGAGAAACUGGCUUUAUCUUGAACCCAUUUUUUUUGCUCCUGAAAUACAAAGACAGCUUUCAACAGAAGCAAGGCUUUUUGCUAAAGUGACUUCUAUGUGGAAAGAAAUAACAUCAAAAGUAAACAAUAAACCUGAUGCUUUGAGAAGAGUCAUAUCAGUAGGAAUCAUUGAAAUGUUGCAGAGUAGCUCUCUGUAUCUUGAAAAAAUAAAGAAAAGUCUUGAGGAAUAUCUUGAAGUGAAGAGAAUGAUUUUUCCAAGAUUUUACUUUCUCAGUAAUGCUGAACUCAUUGAAAUUCUGUCUGAAAGCAAAAAUCCUGAAGCUAUCCAGCCUCAUCUUAUGAAAUGUUUUGAGAAUAUAAGACAUUUGUUUAUAUGGAGAAAAGAAUCAGGUCCUCCUCUGGUCACAUUGCUCAUAUCAGCGGAAGGUGAAACACUCCUUCUGUCAAAGAAAGUUCAUGUAAAAAAUUUUGUAGAACAAUGGUUGGUAAAUGUGGAGAAGAGCAUGUUUGAUACAGUGAAAAUGUUUAUAAAUAAAGGAGUUGAUGAAUGGGAUGAGAGAAAUUUUGGAAAAUGGAUAAAAAGUCAUCCAGGACAAGUGAUACUUCUUGUGAGCCAAAUAAUAUUUACUAAGGAGUGCACCGAAAGUUUUAAGAGUCCUAAACCAGACUUGAAAUUGAAAGAAGUGCUUGAGAAAUUGAAAAGCCUCCUGGAACAGCUUGCAGACAUAGUAGUGUGUGAUACUCUUCAUUUUCGAGUAAAAACUACCCUAGAGGCAUUGCUUACCAUUUAUGUUCACUUCAGAGAUGUAUUGACAGAUUUGAUAAACCACAGUAUCUAUGAUGAAUCUAAUUUUGAAUGGACAAGGCAACUGCGUUAUAAAUGGAAUGAUAAGCAGAAGACAUGCUUUGUAUUACAAGGACAUGCAACCUUUACUUAUGGCUUUGAGUACUUGGGCUGCACCUCUCGAUUGGUUAUUACACCUCUUACAGCACGAUGCAUGUUAACUCUCACCAGCGCACUUCACUUGAAUCUUGGAGGCUGCCCUGCUGGUCCAGCAGGCACAGGGAAAACAGAGACUGUCAAGGAUCUAGCAAAAGCCUUAGGCAAGCAUUGUGUGGUCUUCAAUUGUUUUGAAGAUUUGGAUUAUAAGAUGAUGGGGAAAUUCUUCUUUGGAAUAGUUCAAUCUGGAGCAUGGUGUUGUUUUGAUGAGUUCAAUCGAAUUGAUAUGGAAGUACUCUCUGUCAUUGCCUCCCAGAUGCAAACAAUUAAGGCAGCUAAAGAUAAUAAUUCUGAAAGGUUUUUACUAGAAGGAAAAGAUAUUCCAAUCAACCUGUCCUGUGCGAUCUUUGUCACUUUGAAUCCUGGAUACAAAGGACGUGUGGAACUCCCAGAUAAUUUAAAAUCUCUGUUUCGACCAGUGGUGAUGAUGCUACCCCAUUAUCAACUGAUUGCUGAAAUUAUGCUGUUUGCAGCAGGUUUCAAAUCUGCUAAACCACUGUCAGCCAAACUCAUUAACCUUUAUGAACUAGCUAGCAAGCAACUUUCAUACCAGGAUCAUUAUGACUUUGGCAUGAGAGCCAUAAAGACAGUGCUAAUUAUGGCUGGUCAAAAGAAACAGGAGUACAGACUGAACACUAAGGGAGAUCUUUCUGAAAAUGAAGAAGUUCUGGUCAUUAUAUGGGCAGUGAGAGAAGCUAGUUUACCCAAGUUUCUUCCUGAAGAUACUCCACUUUUUGAAAGCAUUCUGAGAGAUAUAUUCCCCAAAAUUGCAGUUCCAGAUGUGAAGCAUCCUUUCUUGGAGGAAGCAAUAGACAUGGCGAUAAAUCAACUAGGUUUACAACCUUGGCCAUCUCAGAAAAAAAAGGUUAUAGAGUUUUAUAAUCAAGUCCAGGCUUCUAUUGGUGUGAUGUUAGUAGGUCAAACAGGAGGAGGGAAGACUACAGUAAGAAAAAUUUUAGAAAAUGCUUUAAUUAUUUUACCUACUUUAAGCACAUAUGCAACUGAAAAACAGGAAAAGACUUCACAGGUGAUGGGAAAAAAUGGGAAAGUAGAGAUUUUCACUUUAAAUCCAAAAUGUAUUACUCUUGGCGAACUCUAUGGUCAAAUGGGUACGGACAAUGUGGAAUGGAAUGAUGGAUUAUUGUCAUCAUCAGUGAGGAAAUUUGUAAAUUAUAGCGCUAAAAAGAAAACAAAGAGGGAGUUAGAGAUUGAAGGAAAUUUACACAUUUCGGAUUUCCCUAAUAUGUUCAUACUUGAUCCUAGUGACAAAGCAGAGUUUAUGCAAGAUGAAGGUGAGGAUGAGGAUGAAAUGGAGAAAGAUGUUCAAUCCCCAAGUCGUUAUCUAAAAAUUACAGAUUGGCAGUGGAUAGUGUUUGAUGGUCCAGUUGACACUGUAUGGAUAGAAAACCUAAACACUGUGCUAGAUGACAACAAAACUUUGUGCCUUGCUAACAGUGAAAGAAUCAUUUUAACUGAUAGCAUAAGAAUGAUUUUUGAAGUGGAUAAUCUCUCUCAGGCCAGUCCUGCUACAAUCACUCGAUGUGCGAUGGUCUAUAUGGAUCCUGCUGAUCUAGGAUGGCAGCCAUUUGUUAAAACAUGGCUUAUAAAAGUUUCAUCACUUCUUCCACAAACAGCCAUAGAUCAUCUUGAACAAAUGUUUAAAAAAAGUGUGGAAGAAGGUCUAUUAUUUUUAAGGAAGAAUAAUAAUAUGCAGCCAUUCUCUGUACUUGAAAUACCAAUUUUAACAAAUCUCUGCAGGAUUCUUGAUAUUUUUUUUGAUUUCAUGAAAAAUAAUGGAGUCUUUGGUAAAUUUAAUGAACUGAUUUCUUUAUCGUCUUUUCAUUCCUUCUCUGUGCUUCCAAAUGCUUUCAUUCCAUAUCACAGAAGCAUUCUCACUGACCAAGAAAGGGGAUCGAAGUGGUUUCUUCAGAGAAAUCCUGAAAAAUUAUGUCUAAUGCUUGAUAAGCUUUUUGUGUUUGCAUUUACUUGGUCAUUUGGAGGAAUUUUGAAACGUGAAGAUGAACAUGAAGAUGAUAUCUUGUUUGGCUCAGGGCAUGGAUUUGCGACUCUCCGGAAACUAACCUAUGACUUCGACAACCUUGUUCAUGAAUUGUUUGGAGGAGAUCCACCAUAUGGUAUCCGCUUGCCAACAGGAGAACGUACAAUCUUUGCUUAUUUUGUGGAUUUUCAGAAUUGUGAUUUCAUACCUUGGUCAAAUUUAAUUCCUAAUUCAGAAAGUUUAAUUCACGGAUCUUCAUACAGAUCUGGUUUUCAAGCAUCCCUGGAUAUGAUCAAGCAUAAUCAUAAUAUAGAGUUUAAUCAUCAUUUUGCUACUAGAGAUUCAGUAUCUUACUCCUUUUUGAUGAGUCUUUUUAUAAAGAACAAAUAUCCUGUACUAAUUGCAGGAGAGUCUGGCGUUGGGAAGUCUGCUGUAAUUAACCAAAUGCUUGAGAGACUUCAGGGCUCAGGGGAAUUACAGAUAAAAUAUGGAACUCUUUUAGGAGAAGUUUUUUUGUAUAAGAGAAGAAGAAAAUCAAGCCUACAAGACAAUCUCUCCUUGUUAAUUUCAGACAGCUUUAAGACACCAAGAGAUUUAGCUUUCCUGGGAGAAGAUCAUCAUUGGAUUAAAGAUGAAGAAAGUGAAGAAAUUCAUACUAAACCUGAAAAAAACAUUAUUGUGUCCACAAUAAAAUUUAGUGCUAAUACAACUGCUGGCAAAACCCAAGAGUUGAUUCUUAAGAAAUUGAUACGAAAAGCUAAAAACGUUUAUGGAGCACCACAAAAUAGCCAGGUGAUAGUAUUUAUUGACGAUAUGAAUUCACCAGUGCCAGAAGAGUAUGGGGCACAACCACCCCUGGAAUUGGUCAGACAAUUUUUAGACUUAGGAGGGUUUUAUAAUGCUGAACAACUUCAAUGGAAGGAUAUUCAAGAUGUCUCUCUGGUUUCAGCUUGUGGUAUUCCACCUGGUGGCAAAAGUGAUAUCAGUCCACGUCUCAUCAAACAUUUUUUCACACUAGUACUGCCUCAUCCUCCACAAUUUGCCUUAUAUACUAUUCUUCAGGUUCAUCUGGGAAUCCACAUGUAUGGCAAUGCCUUCCUCUCUGAUGUUCAGAAGUGCAAGCAGCAACUGGCAGAAGUCUCCCUCUCUAUAUACUAUCAUGUAUGUCACAACCUGUUACCGACCCCAGCUAAGUGUCACUACGUAUUUAGUCUUCGAGAUCUGUUUAAGCUACUCAGUGGAUUAUUACAAGCUAACAAGUCAGUCAUUGUGUCUAAAGAAACUCUUGCCUUGUUCUUUGUACAUGAAGCAACUCGAGUAUUUCAUGAUCGCUUAAUUGAUUCUGAGGAAAGAAUAUAUUUUUUCCAGCUUCUUUCAAAUGAAUUAGAAAUCUAUUUUGAGCUUGUAUGGCCCAGAGACAAAAUAAUGGAUGAUUUACCUAUUUUUGUGGAUUUUUUGGAUGUAAACAAACCUCAUAAAAGAAGAAUCUAUCAGAAUUGUAAUAACUACAAAAAACUUGCAGACGUACUUUUUGAAUUCCAGCUAUCAUUAGGCUCAAGUGGUUUUGAGCUUUCAAAUUCAAUGGUGUUCUUCAAGGAAGCCACAGAACAUGUUUGCAGAGCUACAAGAAUCCUUCGACAGCCUGGGAGCCACAUGUUGUUGAUUGGAAUAGAAGGAUGUGGAAAAGAAACAUGUGCCACUGUUGCUUCUUAUUUGGGAGAGUGUAAACUCUACAGAUUAUCUACAGCUCGUACUUAUGGCCACCUGGAAUUCAGAGAAGACUUAAAACAAGUCUUUCUACAAACAGGAUUAGAAGGAAAACCUACAGUUUUGCUUAUUAUUGAUAUACAUCUAACUCAGGAGUCUGUUUUAGAAGAUUUGAACUGCGUUCUCAAUUCAGGAACUAUGCCUGAUUUAUUUGAAUAUGAAGAGUUGGAUAAUAUAACAUCAAGUCUUAAAAGUCUUAGUGAAGAAGUCAGUAGUGAUGACAGCCGACAUGCUUUGCUCCUGUUUUUCCAAAAGAGAAUUACAAGAAAUCUUCAUAUUUUUAUGACUGUAAGUCCUGCAGGGCCCAAUUUCCGCCAACGUUGUCGUAAAUACCCAGCCUUGAUUACAUGCAGCACAGUUGACUGGUAUGAGAGGUGGCCCAAUGAAGCUCUUUUUACUGUAGCAAUGUUUCAUUUAAAGCAAAAACAUGGCCUGGAGAUCAAAGAGGAAUUAAUACCACAACUCUCUGACGCAUGUGUUCAAUUCCACAGUAGUAUUGUUAAUAUGAAUAUCAGAUUUUGGAAGGAAACUAAAAGACAUUAUUAUAUCACUCCAAGUAGCUAUCUGCAUUUUAUAGAUACCUUUACACACAUCUUGAAAUCAAAAGAAAGGAAAAUGAUGGUAAAAAGGGAACGUUUUAGUAAUGGCCUCACAAAGAUUCUGGAAGCAUCACUGCUAGUUUCGAAAAUGCAUGAAGAGCUUGUCAUCCUUGGUCCUCAAAUAGAAAAAAAAACUAAGGAAACAGAGAUCCUCAUGGAAAAAUUAAAGAAAGAUUCACGAGUUGUGCAGCAAGUACAGGCCCUUGUAAAAGACGAUGAAGAAUUGAUGACUCAAGAAGUAAUAAUUGUACAAGGAUAUGCUGAGAAAACACAAGAAGAACUAAACAGGGUAAUACCAGCUUUUGAAGAGGCAGUAAUGGCUCUCAAUGCCCUCGAUAAAAGUGACAUAUCUGAAAUAAGAGUGUACACACAUCCGCCCUAUCUCGUACUGACUGUCAUGAAUGCAGUCUGUAUCCUCCUGGAAGAGGAACCCAACUGGGCAAAUGCAAAACGACUCCUUGGACAUCCUAGAUUCCUAAAAACAUUGAUUACCAUGGAUAAGGAUACUAUACCCGAAAAGGCAUUUAUAAAACUAAAAAAAUAUUUAAAUUUACCUGAUUUCAACCCAAGAAAGAUUGCUUCAGUGUCUGUUGCCUGUUGUUCCAUGUGCCAGUGGGUAAUAGCUUUAAAUAACUACCAUCAAGUACGGAAGAUGUUGCAACCAAAACAACGCCAAGUAGCUGAGGCUCAAAGAAUACUCCAGCUUGGUCGAGAAAAACUGGCAGAAAAACAAAAGGGUUUAGAAUUGGUUGAGGAGCAUUUGAACUCUUUACAACUUGCCUAUAACGAUACUGUCUCUGACAAAGAAUUCUUAGCAGACCGGAGACAGAUGACAAGUAAACGCUUAAAUACUGCUUCUGUUUUACUAACAGCUCUACAAGAUGAGAGGGAUCGAUGGGAAGAAAUGGUGAACAUAAUAGACCAACGCUUGGAAGGAAUUGUAGGUGAUAUACUUAUUGCAUCAGCAUGUAUUGUCUACAGUGGAGUGUUCCCAACAGAGUACCGCCAAUUAAUUGUGGAAGAAUGGGAACAGGUCUGUGUUGAAAAAAACAUUUCUACAUCAGCCCGCUUUUCUUUAAUUGAAGUCAUGGGAAAUCAGCAUGAGAUACGCCAGUGGCAUAAUCAAGGUUUGCCCCUUGGUCAGUAUUCAGCAGAAAAUGCCAUCUUGGUUAAGAGGGGACUGAAGUGGCCCUUGCUAAUUGAUCCACAUAAACAAGCCUACAAUUGGCUCCAUCAUAUGGAAGGUGGAAGACUACAGGAGCUUAAUAUUGAUGAUGCUAAUUAUAUUAAAGUAAUUGAAAAUGCUAUGAAAACUGGAGGAUGUAUUCUCUUAAAGAAUCUUCCUGAAACAUUAGAUCCAAGCUUAAAAGCCAUCUUAAAAAAGGACAUCUAUCACAAAAGAGGACAACCUUUUAUAAAGAUUGAUGAAAAUGAGAUUGAAUACAAUUACAACUUUAGGUUAUAUGUCACGACAGAACUAGGCAACCCACAUUUUCUUCCAUCCGUUUAUAAUUACGUAACCAUGAUCAACUUCACAGUGACAUUCCAAGGUCUGCAGGACCAGCUCUUAUCCACUGUCAUGAUUCAUGAAGUCCCUCAAUUAGAGGAUCAGCGCUAUGAGUUGUUAGAAAGCAUUGCUGCUGAUCGUUUUACCCUCCGGGAACUAGAAGAAAAAUCAUUAAGUUUAUUGCAAAAAGCACAAGGUUGCAUAUUGGAAGAUGAUGCCAUUAUAGAAAAUUUAAAAAAAUCCAAACAAACAUCCAUUGAAGUUUCAGAACGCAUCAAGGCAGCAGAAAAAACUGAAAAUGAAUUUCAAAUGACCCGUAAAAACUAUCUUCCCAUUGCAACAAGGGGAGCGUUGCUCUAUUUUUUAGUAGCAGGUCUGGCACAGAUCAACUAUAUGUACCAAUUUUCUUUGGAUUGGUUCCGGGACAUGUUUGUAAUGUCUGUAACCUACAAAGCUAACAAAAUUACAGAAAAAUCUCAAUUUGCUUCUGUUUUAAGAAAAGUGCAAGUGUUUCAGAGACUGCAGAAGUACCAAGACGAUAAACCGGACCCUCUGAAGGACAGAGUACGCUUUAAUAAUUAUAUUGCAGAUUUAGUCGAGUUAUUGACAGAAAGCAUUUAUAAGGUCGUUUCUUCAGCACUGUUUAUCAAAAAUAAACUUUGCUUCUCCUUUCGGCUUUGUACCUUAAUCCUGCAAAAUAAUUGUGAUGGAUCUCAAAUCCUAAAUAGUACCGAAUGUUUACCAGAGGAAGAAUGGAACAUCUUCUUGUAUUCUAACCUACUGAUAAAUAUUGAGGAGAAAUUACCCCAGGUUAAAAGUGAAGAAUUCGAUUUAGAUGAACUCAGAAAAGCUGAGCAUCUUUUCUGGCUUUCUGAAUCCAGGUUAAAAGAGUGUCAGUUCAUCUGCCAUCGCAUACAAUCAUUUGCUCUUUUAUGCCAAUCUCUUUUGACAAAUAAAUCACAAUGGAAUUAUUUUAUGAACAGUGAAGGUACAUAUUUUCUAAUGAGCACACCUUAUAUUUCCCCAAAUUCAAAAGAAAAAGGAGAAGAAAGUGAUUUGGAAGAACAGGAAAUAAUCUUCCCCUGGGAGAAUCUCACUUCAUUUCAAAGACUUAUAUUGAUAAAAAUCCUUAAACCAGGAUCUUUAAAUAAUUCUGUGCAAAGAUUUGUUACUGAAAAAUUGGGAUAUAAUUAUCUUCAUACAGCUGGAAUUAAUUUAAAGGAAGUGUUUAGAGAGUCUAGUGCCAGAAUUCCACUAAUAUUCAUCCAUUCUCAUGGAACAGAUCCGACAACUCUCCUGCUGAGAUUUGCACAGGAGAUGAAAGGAACUACAGAUCAUGUGACCAUGAUUUCUUUGGGACGUGGUCAAGGAAUUAAAGCUGAAGAAUUGAUCUACAAGGCAAAAAUAAAGCAGGGCCAAUGGGUCUUUCUCCAGAACUGCCAUCUUGCUGCAUCCUUUAUGCCAAGAUUGUGUACAAUUGUUGAUGGAUUUAAUUUUUCAAAACUAGAUCCUGACUUUAGACUGUGGUUGAGCUCAAAACCAGACAGUUCCUUCCCUGUAGCUAUUCUGCAGAAGAGUUUGAAGAUAACAGUAGAAUCUCCCCAGGGUGUGAAAGCAAAUCUCCUUCAGUCAUUUGGAUAUCAUGGCAGUGGAGAGGUAACAGAAGAGAUAUAUGAGAACACUAAAUGUGGACCAUCAUGGAAAAAACUUUUAUUCAGCAUCUCUUUCUUCAAUGCUGUAGUCAAUGAAAGAAAAAAGUAUGGAACAUUAGGCUGGAAUGUCCCAUAUGAAUUUAGUUCUUCAGAUUUGGAGGUCACCAUCAAAAUGUUGACAAUUCUCCUGGCUGAAAAGUCAGAAAUUCCUUGGGAAGCAAUAUAUUAUUUGACAGGAGAAAUAAUUUAUGGAGGCCGAGUGACAGAUUGCUGGGAUAGGCUGUGCUUACUAGCGCUUCUAGAAAAAUUUUGUAAUCCUGAUGUGUUGAAGAAAGACUUCAGUUUUACUGAUAAUGGGCUGUAUCCAAUGCUACCCGACUGUGCCAACUUGACAGAAUGUAGAGAGUACAUAGAAUCCCUCCCAGAUGCUGAAUUGCCCGACAUGCUUGGAAUGCACCAGCAGACUUCAAGGAUUUUUCAAGAAUCCCAAUCCCAAGACCUUAUUGACACCAUCAUUGCUAUGCAACCAAGAAUUACUAUUGCCAACAUAAUCACUGGGAGUGGAAAGAGCCAAGAUGAGCUGGUGCUGGAAAUCUCAUCUGAUGUGAUCAAGCGAUUGCCUUUGACUGUAGAGGAUGAACCAAUAGUUACUGAAAUCAAAGAACUCAUUCCACCUACAUUGUUAUCCAUAAUUUCAAGUAAUGUUUGGGUUACAAUUAAUAAAAAUGUCAAAGGUUUUGAUCCCCUCCUCCAUUCUGCAUUAUUAACGUUCCUAUGUCAAGAAAUUGGUCGAUUUGAUAAGUUAUUAUCCCUAAUCCACCAGUCCCUGGAAGAACUCCAGGGGGCUGUCAGAGGUGAAAGCACCAUUAACCAGAAGCUAGAACUGAUCUAUGAUUGUCUCAUCAAAAACAAAGUGCCUGAGUUAUGGCAGCAAGUGUCUUAUGAAACUGAAAAGGUAUUGUCUUCCUGGACCACCUUUCUUCUCCUACGCCUGGCAUUCAUCCAGAACUGGGCAAAAGUGACCUACAAUGCUAUACGUUAUAGAUAUAGUAAAAUAACUACCAUUUGGAAGUAUUCCUUCAUAAAUCGGAAUAAAAGAUUUGAACAGAAAGAAGAGGAAGAAGAGAAAGAUCCCACUAAAUCCUUUCCCACCCGAUUCUGGCUUCCAACUUUCUUCUUUCCACAAGGUUUCUUUAUAGCCGUACUCCAAAAUUAUGCAAGAUCCAAAAAAAUCUCUGUAGACUCUGUUCAAUUUGUCCAUCAUGUAAUCAGUGACCCCCAGGAUGAAACAUUUUCUAGAUGUCUGGCACAUAAAGAGUUCAUACUGAAGAAAGCAUUUAAGGACGUAGAAAGGAAUAAAGUUGGAGUUAACAUUUUUGGUUUAUAUAUGGAAGGAGCAAAAUGGAACACAGAAGAAAAAUACUUGGAUGAGCCACUGCCUCAAGAGAGAUAUUCUGAUUUUCCAGAAAUACAUUUUAUGCCUGAAAAGGUUUCCACUCCAAAUAAUACUUUCAAGGAUCUCAGCACAAAAAAGAAUCUUUACGAAUGUCCAGUUUACCGGACUUCUCAGAGAACAGAAUCAGUAACUUCUCCCGGCAUGUUUACCAACUUCAUAACGUCAGUGUUUUUGCAAACGCAGAAACCUCCCCCUCACUGGAUCACAAGACGGGUGGUAUUGCUGUCUGAACUCAGUGAAUGAAAGAAAAGUUCCUUCAUAGUUAUCAUAUUUAACAGCUGAGAUGAAGCACUAGACCAAACAUAAAAGAGAAAUUGUAUGUUAGAAAAGAGGUCGUGAACAUCUUCAAUAAACAAUUAGCACGUAUAUGUAUCAGUUUCAAUAAAACCUUAUGAAAUUUC